CAAAAAAAAUGGAUCACAACAAACGUAUUAAAACCCAACCAAACACUGCCUUAUGAGUGUGCGGUGGAGGAGAUAAAAGCACAGACUUGGUUCAACUUUCAGAGGAACAUGACGGUAAUGGAAAAUCAGCAAAAACAAGAACAUAACAAGGAACAGUGGAAAAGGUGUCAAAGGAAAAAAACCUCUUCUUCUUUCUGUUAUUCUCCUAUCAAUAAUCUCGAUGAUGGUUGUCUUAUGCAUAUCUUUAGUUUCCUUCCCCCUAUUCCAGAUCGCUUUAAUACCGCACUCGUUUGCCACAGAUGGAAUUACUUGGCAUGUCAUCCUCGUUUGUGGCUGAGGGUAGAUCGAUCGGUUAAAGACUUAUCUGAACCUGGUGUUUUUCCCAACAUUGAAACUGCUGUUUCCGCUUCAAGGCCAGGUGAUACCAUUUUAAUAGCAGCUGGUGGAACUCAUCGUGUCUCGAACAUUCAAAUUAAUAAACCACUCUGCUUGAUUGGUGCAGGUGAUAUUCCAGAUGACACCAUGCUCACUUGCCCGCGAGGCUCCGACAGUGCACUCGAGUUCCUUUCCACCUGCAAACUAGCAAACUUAACUGUGAAGGCCGAGCUGGGUUGUUGCUUGCUACAUCGAAGCGGAAGACUGACUAUAGACGCAUGCGUACUACAAUGCGAGUCAAAUCCUCUUGAUUUUCUCUCAUGUCCAAUUGUGAGUACUGCCAGUAGCAGCAAGGCAAUUCCCUUGAAAACCAAGAGCAACAACGGUGAUGGGGUGUUCGUUUCUCAAACUCGCAUCGAAGGAGGUGCAAAAGCAGUUUUGACAAGUGGUGAUCUGGCGUUGCAACGAGUCAGAGUGAUUUAUCAAAGAACUUCCCUUCUUUUCUGGUUUGAUGUAGAGCAGAUGUAAUCAAAUUGGCAAUUACUUGCCUGUGUUGUUGUUCUAUAAUUUAGUGUAGUAGAUUGAUGAUUCUUUUUUUUUUUUUUUAUGCUUUUCUUCUCGUGUACCAUUCCCAUUUGUAACAAAAAUUUAGUUUACCAUGAUCUCUAUGAUGUGUCAUCUAACUUUAAUGUGAUCAUAACAAGAUGAUGUACCUUAUAAGUUUUGGGUUUUGUAGACAGCCAGUUACAACUCCAGAGAAAUCUACCUAUCUCUUUAUCUUUAA